AUGCCUGUCACCACCUACACCGAGGACGACCUUGUCGAUUACGAUGAGUUUGACGAGGAGGAUGAGGAGGAUGGCAUGAGUCCCGAGGACAGGGUUGCUAUGAGCAACGCUACAGCUGAAGUCAAAAAGGCCUUGGGGAGCGACACUAUCAAGGUCACCAACACUCAAAUUCAGGAGGCGUUGUGGCACUAUUACUACGAUGUCGACAAAUCAGUCGCCUAUUUGAACAGAACAUUCAUCGCACCGCCACAAAAAUCGACACCGAAGAAGACUUCAGAGGGUAAGUCGGAUGAAUUCUUCUUUUCUGACACGCUCGGUCUGUUUGUGAGAAGCGCUUGGGCAGGUCGAGGGCCGGCAGGGCAUCGCAGCGAUCGAGCAUGCGAAAUGAGGUCUCGAGACUCGGGGGCCUCGGCUGUCUCCUUGCAAGCGCAAUUCAGCGAUAUGCCUUGGAUGAAUGUGCCCCAUGACCGGAAAGCCAAUCUUAUACCACCUAGUCGACCCAGGGGUGGCCUGCUAGGAGGCAGCGAAGGCGCGCAAAAGAUGUCCAAGCUGCAGGCCCUCGCCGCCUCCAGGAAGAAGAAGAUUGAGGAGAAGAAGGGGUUGGGAAAUGCCUCCUUCCCGGAGAGAAGCAUGAAGCGACUCUCGUUGUCAGAGCACGCCGGCAAGGGCUUUGCAGACCCAUCACCAAGUCCAACCAAGCGGCAAAAGAAUGCGGAAACAGCGGCUCUUCCAUCCCACAAACGUGACUUGGCCCCCGAUAGUGCUUCGAAGGCCCAAAGUCAGCAACUGGGAGCUGCCCAAGUGUCAGCAACCCACCCAGGGGCCGCUGCCGCCUUCACGGACUCGCCUCUCUCGUCAACACGUGCCACCGCGGACGUUCUCGUUUCGAAGCCCGCGCCCUCUGCUUUUGCUCAAACGCUCUUCGGUGAUGCCUCAGAUGCCCGUCAAACAAACAGGCCAGAGGUGUUUGCAAUGCCAUACGCCAUGUCCUCUGCAUUCCUCGUCGACGCCUUCUCCCAGCCCAGCCCAGACGACAUUGUUCUCGCAGCGCAAGCGCAAGCGGGGAAGAAGGUAGCGCCAGCGCAGAAAGCCUCUGCGAAGAAGACGCCAUCCAAAGCCGCCAGCAAGGAGGAAGAGGUCUCGACCGAUGUCUCAAAUCUCAAAAUCAACGAUGCCCCUCCACCCAAGAGCAAAGGUCUCGACGUUGUCAAGGAAUUCGAGAAUAGCAACAGCAAGAAAAGCGUGAGCUUUGUCGUUGUUGGUCAUGUUGAUGCGGGAAAGAGCACGCUGAUGGGCCGUCUGCUUGUGGAGCUCAAGUUGGUAGAGCAGCGAACGGUGGACAAGUACCGAAGGCAGGCAGAGAAGUCCGGCAAACAAUCUUUUGCCCUGGCUUGGGUCAUGGACCAGGGUAGCGAAGAGCGGGACCGAGGCGUAACGAUCGACAUCGCGACCAAUCACUUCGAGACACCGACAACAAAGUUCACCAUAUUGGAUGCCCCGGGACAUCGGGACUUUGUGCCAAACAUGAUCGCGGGUGCCAGUCAGGCUGAUUUUGCCAUCCUCGUCAUCGACGCCAACACGGGAGCGUACGAGAGGGGUCUCAAGGGACAAACACGAGAGCACGUCUUGCUUCUGCGGAGCUUAGGGGUGCAGCGACUAGUCGUUGCGGUGAACAAGCUUGAUAUGGUCGCUUGGUCCCAGGACCGUUUCCAAGAGAUUUCGGAGCAGGUCACCGGUUUCUUGACCGGGCUGGGCUUCCAGGACAAAUUCGUCACCUUCGUUCCCAUUUCGGGGCUGAACGGAGACAACAUUGCAAGCAAGAUUGAGGACACAGCCGCGUCAUGGUAUAAGGGUUCUACGCUACUGGAGGCGCUCGAGGAAUCAGCCCCGGCUACGGCACGAGCUGUUGAGAAACCAUUUCGUAUGGCCAUUUCCGAAGUCUUCCGCUCUCAGCUAGGCACGACGACACUUGCGGGCCGCAUCGACUCUGGCACCGUCCAGAUUGGGGAUAAGAUUCUCGUCCAACCCAGCGGAGAGUCGGCCUAUGUCAAGUCCAUCAUGGUCGAUACGGCCGCUCAGGACUGGGCGGUGGCUGGUCAGAGCGUGAGCGUUGCCUUGACGAACAUCGACCCCAUCCACAUCAGAGUUGGUGACAUCAUCUGCGAGACGACCAAUCCAAUCCUGUGCGGGGAUACCUUCACUAUGAAAGCGAUGGCAUUCGACCAUGUCAUGCCCAUGCCGGUCGAUCUUCACCGAGGAAGACUGCAUGCUCCAGGCCAGAUACAAUCAAUCAUCGCAACCAUCGAUAAGGUCACGGGGGCGACGAUCAAGAGGAAGCCCAAGGUGGUCCAACCAGGCGGCGUGGCUCGUUUGGUCAUUCAGCUGGCGUCCAAAGUGCCGUUGGAAGCAGGCCAGCGAGUCGUCAUCCGGAGUGGGGGGGAAACGAUAGCGGCUGGGCUGCUAGAGUCGUAA